UUUAAAUUGUGAACGUGCAGAAGCCUUGGUCAAAUUGUGUACUGCCACAAUAAUGCAGAAAGGUAUUGUGUGAUAUUGUCACAUAACGUGAUGCGAUCAAUUGUGUGCUAAAACCCCUUAAGACAGGAAGAUUUGUCAAUGGUCGAAAGUUGCGCAAAGAAGAUGAUGCAAUAAAACAUGCAUGGUCACACUAUAUACUUUUCCGCACAUUCAACAAUUUUGAACCACACCACUCUAUAAGCCAUAUCUUACAGGUACACGAUGAAAGACUCGUAUAGAAGAAUCCUCAGACCGAAAAAUGUUAUAAAGUAUUUAACACUUUUUUGUAUCAUAUUUGGAGUAUAUUUUGUAUAUCACGAGAUUUCAGUAAGUAUAUACGUGAAGAACGGUGUUAUCACUUACUUUGGUGCAACCCGCAGCGACAACAAACUCAAUUCUGAAAGUAUAGAGGACAUCGAGAGUCGACUUAAAUACCCGGUGGUCAUGUUACCAAAUCUUACAUCUCUAAUCAACGCGACCAAUCCGAAGUAUCCAUUGACAAUUCACGCCCCAUAUCUUAUUGAAAACCCACAUCUUUGUAGUUCUGUUAACAAUUUAUCUGUUCUUGUUGUGGUUAACACAGCAACUGAUCAUUUUGAACGUCGCCUUGCAAUUAGAGAGACAUGGACCAAUGAUAAAUAUUAUAACCACCUUGGAAUUGUUCGAGUUGUCUUUCUUAUUGGAAAGCCGAAGAAUGAAAUUAUUCAAAAUAUAAUAAAUAAAGAGGCAAAUCAGUUUAAAGACAUUCUUCAAGGUGACUUUGUUGAUACGUAUUUCAACCUUACUCACAAAGGUGUCAUGGGAUAUAAAUGGAUUACUGAACGUUGUAGAAAUGCGAAACAUAUUUUAAAAGUUGACGACGAUAUUUUGGUAAAUAUGUUUUCAUAUUUCCAGAAAAUUCAUCAGAACAAGUCCGUGAAAAACGCGCACGUAUUUUGUGAUUAUAGAACAACACCUGUAUUUAGAGAUAAACAAAUAAAAUGGUUUGUUAGUGAAAACCAAUUUAGGGGAGUAAAAGUCUAUAAGAACUUUUGUAGAGGGAAAUUCGUUAGUAUUAAAAAUGAUGUAGUGCCUUCACUGUAUAUUUCCGCAUCAAAAACUCCGUUUUUCAAACUUGAUGAUGUGCUACUAUAUGGAUAUGUGAUGCAUAAUGUUCCUGGUCUUAGAUACCAAACACUCUAUAAAGAAAACAUGAAAGACGUAAACAAAGACGGCAUAAAUUGCCUUGAAAAAAACCAAGACAAAUGCCAGGCUAUAAUCAUACAAUCUGGUGACCAAACACAACUAAUUGACACGUGGUCUACAAUAGUGAAAUAUUUCCAGAAAUAACACAUAGCCAACAAUAAUGUAAUAUAUCCAACAGUAGCAUAUGGUCUACAAGACGACAAUUUACCCAGCAAUAACACUUGGUCUACAAUACGACAAUAAAUCCAGCUAUAGCACGUGGUCUACAAGACGACAAUAUAUCCAGCAAUAGCACGUGGUCAACAAGACGACAAUACAUCCAGCAAUAGCACUUGGUCUAAAAGACGACAAUAUAUCCAGCAAUAGCACGUGGUCUAAAAGACGACAAUAUAUCAAACAAUAGCACGUGGUCUACAAGACGACAAUAUAUCUAGCAAUAGCAUGUGGUCUACAAGACGACAAUACAUCCAGCAA